AUGAGUCGUUCCGCGUUAGAAAUGAAUUUCAUGCGUCUUUUAUACUGCACCGAAUGUCUUGCAGUACAAAAAAAGUUUGGAACCACUUACAAGUCCUACGUGAAAACUUUGGAAACGUUCUUUAACAAAUUGACCUCCUCAAAUUAUCGUCCUUCUCCAGAAUGUAUACGUAAUUAUGAAAUAAGAGUGAAAAAGUUAAAAGAAAACUGUGAUAUUGUACAAACUUCAGAUUCAGCAUCUACGCAUUAUCUAUCUCAUGAUAAAACUACUCCUGCACUGAAAACAAUCACUCCAGCGGAAAACAGUGACAAUACGGUGUGUAAAGAUAUUUCAUCACAGGAGACAGAUAAUACAUUUACUGAAAUAGUGGAGAACACAUCAGUCAUUCAAUGCGCAUAUUCUGAUACAUGCGAUUUGAUAGCGAAAGAACGUCAACGGAUAAAUCGUGAUUUAAGAGAACAAUUAUUAGGUGGAAAUAAGUCUACAGAGAAAAUGUCUGAUCAGCUUGAAAACUCAAGUAAAUCCCCGGAUGCACUUUUACAUGAACAACAAAUGCGACGUGAACAGCUAGCCUCAGAAAUGUUAUUACUAACUGUUGAUCUUAAAAAUCAAUCCUCAGCAAUGAAUCAACGUAUUCGAUCAGAUUGUCAAACAGUCAAUAUGAGUAUUGGACAAGCUGAGAAAAAUGAAGUUCAUCUAUCGGGUGUACUGAAUGAAUUAUCAGUUGAAUUAGGUUCAAAAUGUGGUCGAAUUGUUUGGAUUUUAUUUUUUAUUUCAUUAGGUUUAUUUUUAUAUAUGAUUUUAUUUAUGAAAAUGUUUCGUAAACGUAUUCAUUAUCAGUCAGCUGCACCUCAAGUGUCUAGAAAUGAAUUAUAAUUUGGGGGAUAUGGUGAUGAAAGCCUUUAAUGGGAUUUUUGUUUUGUCAUUUUACUUUCAAUUUCAAGUUGUACAUGUAUAUAUUUAUUGAUUUUUUAAGAGAUUAGUGAGCCAAUCGAAAGAAGACAUAAAUGACCUUGAAGAGACCGAUUGGAGUGAGCGAGGCUAAUUUAAAUGAAAAAAAUGUUUGAAAAAUUUGAAGAAUAUUCUUUAAAUUAAGUUCCUGAUUAAGAUUUAUUGCUUUUAGACGGAUUUUUAGGAUUGAAUCUACUCCGUAUAUAUUAAACAGUAUGUGGGAUUAAAUAAUAAACUCAAUUUCAACAUAAGAACUACAAUCUUCCCUCCCCAAGUUCUGAUUGGCUUCUUCAAGGUCAUCGGUGUUUACGUCUUAUUUGCGUUACUCUCCUUCAACUUGUUUACUCUGCUAUAAAUACUUUGUAAUAUUUGUAAAGUUUUAUUUAUGAUUUGGUUUGAGUAAUUUUAUUCAUAAUUCAAUAGAUUAUGCUAAAUAUAACUUCAUUGAAAGAG